GGUUUAUUUGAGACGAGUUUCCUCGUUCAAGCCAAAAGCUCAGUGAUCAAUUUUCUAAGAAGCAACCUUAUGGUAAACAGAGGUCUGUUCUUAUUUCCACGAAAAUGACAUACUAUUAGCGUACUAUUGUUGCCCAGGAGAAGGAGAAGGGAAGGCGCAACGUUGAAAAUGUAGGAUGGGAAGUCUAAGUUGGGUGAUGGGAUUUUAUGUGGACGGAUGUGCAUCCGUUGACGGGUUGAGUCGUCUUCUACCUUCCACAAAUUAAAGCCCCACAACCACAUGUUCUUCUGGUGGAAAUUGAGCCUUGUAUCGUCCUCUAGGAGGACCAGAUGAAAUUAUAUGCAUAAAUAGCCUUUUGUGCCUCUGAAACCAGUUUAAUAAGCUCAAUAGAGGAUAAUCUCCACUGCUAGGCUCUUUCUAUUUGUUCUGUUUUGCAAUGAAUAUCUGUCGCAGUUCUUUUGCAGACCUAUUCCUGUUGAAACUUAUUUGCAUUAGCGCUUGUUGAUUUCUUGAUUGGUCCUUUAGUGAUUUCUUAAUCCCUCCUUGUUGCAUGAUGGCGGUGGAUAUUUCUCUGAUAGCCGUUCCCAAAAUAUUCCCCCUGUUUCUCAUAAUAGUAACACUUAGUGUCAGCUCCUCCUAUGGAAACCUUGAUGUGCCUUGUUUGGAGAGCGAGAAACACGCUCUUUUAAGCUUCAAGAAAGGCCUAGCAGAUCCUUCAAACCGACUUUCCUCUUGGGAUGUCGAAGCUGAUUGUUGCACAUGGGCAGGAGUUGUUUGCGACAACUUAACCGGCCGUGUAUGUGAGCUCCACCUUCAAAAUCCCUAUGAUGCUAACUACACAAGUCAGGCCGAAUAUGAAGCCUAUGUGAAGCAGAAGCUGGGAGGAGAAGUGAAUCCUUCCUUGCUCAACUUGAAGCAUCUGAAUUACCUGGAUCUAAGUCGAAAUGAUUUUGGAGGAAUUCCAAUUCCAACCUUUCUUGGAUCUUUGACAAGCCUUCGAUAUCUUAAUCUAUCCGAAUCGGGAUUUGCUGGAACAGUUCCCCAUCAACUUGGAAAUCUCUCUAGUUUACGCUCUCUUGGUCUUAAAGGCCCUAAUCCUUACGGACUUCAAGGUGGUGUCUUCAAGUUGGAUGUCGAGAAUCUUGAUUGGCUUUCUCGUCUUUCAACUUUGGAAUACCUUGACUUGAGCCAAGUGAAGCUCAACAAGACACCUAACUGGCUGCAGGUAAUCAACAAGCUCCCUUCUUUGGUAGAGUUGCGCUUGUCUUACUGCGAACUUGAUCAUAUGCCUCCCCUAGAGAAGGUUAAUUUUACUUCUCUAGCUGUCCUAGAUCUUUCUCGGAAUGAGUUUCAUGCCUUGAUGCCUAGGUCUGGGUGGAUCUUCAGUCUCGGUAGUCUUGUUUCUCUAAAUUUAGCUGAAAGCAAUUUUGAAGGUUCGCUUCCCGACAUGUUUUGGAACUUGACUUCUCUUAGAAUAUUUGAUGCUUCCUAUAACUAUCUUAAUUCUACACUACCCAAUUCGCUGUUCAGUGUCAACAGCCUCGUUUCUCUUAACCUGAGAGACAAUGGAUUUGAAGGCCCAAUCCCGAGUGGUCUCCAAAACAUGACCAACCUUAGAGAACUUGAACUAUCUGAGAAUUUUGAUUUCAAUUCUAGCAUACCCAACUGGAUUUACAGUUUCAGGUAUCUUGAGGUGCUCGACCUUCACAGCACUCUGUUGCAUGGUACACUCUCAAGUUCCAUUGAAAAUCUCACUUCUCUUGUCACUCUUGAUAUAGCGCACACGAAACUAAGAGGAAGAGUACCAAGAGAAAUGGGAAAUCUUUGCAACUUGAGGACGUUGCGUAUGUCCGAUAACAAAGUUGAAGGGGAUAUAUCAGAAUUGUUUGAAAGCUUGUCUGGGUGCAUUUCCUAUACUUUGGUGUCUUUGUGGUGUGAUGGGUGUCAACUUUCUGGUCAUUUAACUGAUCAACUUGAACAAUUUAAAAGUCUGAAAAUCCUUUAUCUUGGUGGUAAUUCACUUUCUGGUCCCAUUCCGGUGAGUUUAGGAAGGUGUUCAUCCUUGACUGCUCUGAAUUUAGCAGGGAAUCAGUUAAACGGUACUCUUCCUGAAAAUUUUGGACACCUUUCAAACUUGGAACAAAUCUCUCUCGGUCAUAAUUUGUUAGAAGGGGUUGUGUCUGAAGUUCAUUUUGUAAAUCUCACAAGUCUCAAAGAGUUUUAUGCGUCCGGAAACAAGUUAGUUUUGAAAGCGAGUCCAAACUGGAUUCCUCCAUUUCAACUUGAAGCAUUGGAAUUUAGAUCUUGGCAUUUGGGUCCUCAAUUUCCGAUGUGGCUUCAUUCACAGAAGGGCUUUUGGGACAUGGACCUAUCAGGCACUGGAAUUUCGGACAGUGUGCCGCAGUGGUUUUGGAACUUAUCUUCCCGUUUCAGUUAUCUAAAUCUAUCUCACAACCAAAUCCAGGGGAAGAUUCCAAACAUACCCAAACUCGAUGUUUCUUUUUCAAUGAUUUACUUGGGUUCCAACCAAUUCAGCGGUCCAUUACCUCGUCUCUUCUCAAAUGUAACUGAGCUAGACCUUUCCAACAAUUUAUUUUCGGGGGAAAUUUCCAAUUUUUUGUGUGAAAGGAAAGAUGAACCAAACCGGCUAAAAAUCCUUCAUCUUGGGGGAAAUCUGUUAUCGGGUGAAAUUCCUGAUUGUUGGGAGAACUGGCCAAAUUUGGAAGUCAUUAAACUGGGAAACAACCAUCUCAGCGGAAACAUUCCCAGCUCUUUGGGAUUUUUACCGAGACUUGAGUCAUUGCACUUGCGCAACAAUAGCCUCUCUGGAGAAGUACCUUUGGGAUUGGAGAACUGCACACAAUUAGUCACAAUGGACCUCGGCUUGAAUUUGAUUGUUGGAAGCUUUCCAACGUGGUUGGGAAGAAGCCUGUCAAAUUUGAAGAUUCUGAGCCUCCGUUCUAAUUAUUUUGAUGGACAAAUUCCUUCUGAAUUGUGUCACCUGAGUUCCCUUCAAAUCCUGGACCUCGCAAACAACAGUUUCUCAGGACCAAUUCCGCAGUGUUUGAAAAAUCUCACUGCUAUGGUCAUGAAACACGACUCGAGUGAUCGGAUCUCUUAUUCAUUUUACGGGGGAGAAUUCUUGGAGAAUGCAUUUGUGGUGACCAAAGGACGAGAGUUUCAAUAUAACACCAUACUUGUACUCCUAACUAGCAUGGACUUAUCAGAUAACAAUAUAUCUGGAGAGAUACCUGAGGAAAUAACAAGUCUAUUGGGAUUACGCUCGUUGAAUUUGUCAGGAAAUCAUCUCAGGGGAGUGAUCCCAAAGGAGAUUGGAAACAUGGAGUUAUUGGAAUCUCUCGAUUUGUCAAGAAACCAACUGUCCGGGGAACUACCACAAAGCAUGUCGGAUUUGACUUUCUUGGGUCAUUUGAAUGUGUCUUGUAACACUUUGCGGGGGAGAAUCCCAUCGAGCACCCAGCUCCAGAGCUUUAAUGCUUCUAGCUUCAUAGGCAAUGUACUUUGCGGACCUCCACUCACACAGAAUUGCAGCACUAAUGAAGCCCCACCUGAAGGAGAUGAUGAAGAAGGCGCAAAAUCUGAUUUUGAAUGGUUCUACCUGACUGCGGCAUUGGGAUUCGUUAUCGGGUUUUGGCUGGUUGUUGGUCCUUUGUUGUUCAAAAAGUCAUGGUGGGACACCUACUCCCAGUUUCUAGAUGAGGUGUGGAAAAGGAUUGGUAAUUGUCUUGGCAGAUCAUUUUAGGUUUGAGAAGUCUGUAAAAUGUUGCGUCAUACGUAGGCAAUAAAGGGUGCCUCUUGUUGCAUCCAAAGUCCUGUAGUGUAUUUGAAAUAUUAGCAUCUUUGUAAUGGACAGAUAAAAGCUCGAAUGGCGAUCUUGAUCAUAUUGAAGCUAGUUCCUGAAA